UAAUGGUUUUUGACAGAUGUCAAGUACUGCUUUACUUCUUUUGUUGAUUGUUAUUUUGUUCUCAAGAAUUUUCUUCUCUAAAAACUAUUCUUGAGAUUUCUUUUUCAAGUAUAGACUUUUUUUUGAUUUAGAAAAUUUUAAAUUAUCUCUUUUAAAAUGUUAAUAUAAAGUAUGAGUGCAUAAAGUUAGUGAAAAGUUUACUUCUUAAUAAUUUUCUACUUUCACUGUUUUACUUAAAAGAAUAACAAUACAAUGAAAGUAAAACGGUGCAAAUCCUUAUCACCUGAACCAUCAAGCAGCACAAAUACAAAACGUGCGAGAAGAGAUGAGGAUGAGGAAGAAAAUGGGCGCUCAAUCAAACCCAGUCUAUUACAUCUUUCCGAUGAUGUUUUACUCAUGAUUAUUAAAUCUCUUGAUCCUUUUGAUAUAUUGAAUUUAAGCAAAUGUUGUCAUCGAUUGGAUCAAGUUACGCAAGACAGGACUUUGUGGUCUGUUAUGGAUUAUCGGGCAAAAUCGAUGACUGUCACUGAUUUAGAGAAAUAUAUUAAAUUUUUUCAACCAUCGGUUAAAACUUUUGCCAUACGCGGAAAUACGGAAGGAAAACGUUAUUCGGAAUUUACCAAACAUUUUCUCACGACCCUCUUGAAAACUUGCACGCAACUUAAGGAGCUGUUAAUUGAGGAUUGUUAUAUCAAUGGAACGGAAAUACAAAUUCCACAUUUGCCAUCAGGUUUAGAGAAACUGUCCUUAAAAGGUUGCGAUUUGUAUCAAAUGGAAUUAAAACAAUCUUACUUCUUUGGAGUUCAUGAACAUAUGCCUCAUCUAACGAGCUUAAUAUUGAGCAAUUGUGAAUGGUUUGCACCUCAUUCUCUAAUGGUCAUUAGUAAAUUACCAAAACUCAAGGAACUCAGACUGGAUUCAUGUUACAGCCUUGGAGAAUGUUUUGCUUACACUAGUCUUGCGGCGAGAUAUGGAUUUAAAGCUUUAGAAAUAUUAGAUUUACGAAAUACGGUGAUUGGAGAUAGUGAAAUUGCCUGUUUCAACUGCACGGAAACUUUAACGCAUCUAUAUUUAGAGUGUCCUACUAAUAUAAGAAAUCGACAAAGAGGCAGUAAUAGUGAUCGAGAUGGAGAACGUACUCCUCAGGAACAGGCCGAAAGACCCACGGGAAGAUCACGUAUUUUAAUUCAAGUCGUUCAUGAAAAUCGAAUGGUGCCUCAAGUUGAGGUAGUACAUGCAGACAAUUAUAAUUGGGAUGAAAUGGAACGUUUUUUAGUCACGGAUAGAACGGUUUGCUCUUUAGGUAAUUACGUGUGUGAACGCAGGAUCGUUGACAACGCCAGGGGAGGCAUAUUUCGCAUUGAAGAAGAAAGUCGAAUUUGCAAUAAUCCUAAUUUAAGAAUAUUGGUAGUAAGAAAUUAUCGUCAAGUGACGGAUCGAAGUCUCCAUCAUUUAUCUGUAAGUAAAUCGAAUUUGGAGUAUGUCGACGUAACCGGCACAUCAGUGACACGAGAGGGCGUUGAAAUGUUCAAAACUCAAAAACCUGAUGUUGAAAUUGUUUCGUCAUUUGAUGAUUUAUAAUUCGUCUUUUUGAAGAAAUACUCAUUAGAAUGAAACAUCGAGAGGAUGUCAUUCCAAUAAGCAAGACACAAAAUAAAUAAUUGUGCCGCGUGUAUGUAUUUAAAAUUGAAGCUUGAAGAAACAUAUUUCUCGUAAUUAUACGGUGACAGUGAAAAAUGUACUUUUACUAUAUUGUGUUGUAUUUAAGCAGAUCUUAUACACCUUGGAUAUUUCUUUAAUGGAAAAAUUAAUAUCACAGGACAAAUGCGCACUGCAUGUCCAGCAAACUCAAUUUGGAGUCUUUUUUUGUAAAUAAAGAAUCAGCGAAUGCGUUAAAAAAAAGGCCAAGAAAAAUGUAUCAAAAUAAUUAUACAAUUUUUUUAAACUAGCUUUUUCUUUGUAAAAUAUAAUUUUCAAGUAGGAAAAUUAUUUAAUUCUUUUUUACUAUGUUAAAGGUACUUUAGAAUUUUUAAUCCGCUAAACUAUUUCACGUAUAUUCUUAUAUUAUUUUCUUUUCUAAAAAGUGUAAAUUUUAGUUUUAUUUAUUUUAGUUAAUUAACAUGCCAUUAAAUAUUAUUUUCAAUAAUUUAUAAACCAAUGCAGGGAGUCUACUAACCCGGAAAUCCAGGAAAUAGCCGGAAUUUUAAUUUGACCGGAAAAACCGGGAAUAAACCAGAAAUUUUUUCACCAAAUUAAAAAAAGUUUUAUUAUUUUAAUUUGGUUUUGAAAAAUCG